UUGUCGGAGAAGCCGCAGCGCCGCCUCUUCUCUCGCGUCCUCGCAUCCGUUGCUGCCGCCUCUUCCUCCGCCUCCUCCUUCGCCUCUUCCUGCCUCCUCCCGGCUUCCGCCGCCGAUCCAGCCGCUUCCCAACCCCGGGGCGAAGCGUCUCCUUAUUUAUUUCCGUUUUCUCGCCACUACCGCCUCCUGACACGGUGAUCCGGGCGGGCCCCGCAGGAAUUUUAUCCCCUCACCGGCCUCACACUAGUAUCGCAUGUCCACUAUCCAGAACCUCCAAUCUUUCGACCCCUUUGCUGAUGCAACUAAGGGUGACGACUUACUCCCGGCAGGGACUGAGGAUUACAUUCAUAUAAGAAUCCAGCAACGGAACGGCAGAAAGACACUGACUACUGUUCAGGGCAUUGCAGAUGAUUAUGACAAGAAGAAACUUGUGAAAGCUUUCAAAAAGAAAUUUGCCUGUAAUGGUACUGUGAUUGAACAUCCUGAAUACGGAGAGGUUAUUCAGCUUCAAGGUGACCAAAGAAAAAACAUUUGCCAGUUUCUCUUGGAGGUUGGCAUUGUCAAGGAGGAACAGCUUAAGGUUCAUGGAUUCUAAAAUGAACCUAAAUACGUGGAGAAUUUCUUGAAUAAUUUUGUUCUCUAAACCAAGUUUGGCUGCCUUGUGAAAUGAUUCUCUGCAGUAAACGGACUUUUCAUUUAUUUAAUCAUUCAAACUUUCAUUCAUAUCUGCAUGAUUACAGAAAACAUGGGGUAUGUAGGCUAGUAACACAUAAGAAAAUUGCAGUAAGAUGGUAAUGAAACCCCGUAUUCAUCUUAACAUGUUUCCAAUGGAAAAUAUUUUGUUUUGAGUGUUUAUUUGUUUAUUGUUCAGUUUAUUACUUUUCACUUGAUUAAAUUUUUUUGUUGUAUUAAACCAUGUAUGUUGCAGCUUAACAAUAAAAAAAAAAUCUAUGAA